AUGUUUGGUGUUCUAUGCCCGUCAUCUAUGCCUAACAAACGUAAACGAGAUUUAAGUGUACCAAGCAUAAAUUUACAUCGCAACGGUCAUCUCUCAAUGGACCUCGAAACAGUCGAUACUAAAAAGAUAUUUCAUCGGUUUGGAACUAUUUUACGUGUCUUAAUUUUCUUGCGUAACAACCAAUAUCGAUGCUUGUUGGAAUUUCAAAACCAUAUCCAAGCGUUCGUUGCUAUGUUACUUCUAAACGGUCAAAAUAUUUAUACGGGUUGUUGUUCUCUUCAAGUGGAAUUUUGGAAAGCCCGAGGGCCUUUGGAAGUUCGUCGCGAGAAUGAUAAAUGCCGUGAUUAUACUGUAUCACCUCUAACGGAUGAUGAAUUAAACAGUUUACAAGCUCUUCCAGGUGGAGUAACUGCAUCGACGAAUAAUUCAACCAUUAAUUCAAUUCCUCAACCUUCUAUCGGGCAAAAUAUACCACUAGGUAAUCCGGCCGCAGCUUUCACAGCCGUCCCCCAAGCUUCAGCGUCAGGUAUCAACGAUCUUGCUAUUCAGUUAACGUUGCUUGCUCAACAAUCUGGUCUUGCAUUGACCCCUGCUGCAGCCGCAGCAACUGCCAGUUUCAUGGCUCUAACUGCGCAAGGUGGGAAUUCUGCCAUAAAUCCAACUCCAGGAACUGUUUUAAAUGCUGCAGCUCUACAAGGUCCUCGUACAGCUUUACCAACUGUACAAAACCAAACACAGCUUCUGCCAAACUUGAUUAAUCAAUCUGUGCCUAACUUGGGUCAAACUGGAACUAGUACUGUGUUAAUAGUUUCCAAUCUCAAUGAGGAGAAAGUAUAUCCAGAUGCAUUAUUCACACUCUUCGGUGUUUAUGGUGAUGUAACACGAGUCAAAAUAAUGUUCAAUAAAAAAAGUACUGCUCUUGUGCAAUUUUCAGAUCCACAACAAGCUCUUACAGCUUUGUAUCAUCUUAAUGGACAACCAUUGUAUGGAAAACCUCUAAAAAUAGCUGUUUCACGCUUUAACAUUGUCCAGUUACCAAAAGAAGAUAGUGAUGUCGGGCUUACUAAAGACUAUACCAAUAGUCCACUUCAUCGUUUUAGAAAGCCGAAUUCUAAGAAUUUUGCGAACAUUUAUGCUCCCAAUCAUGUUUUGCAUUUAAGUAAUAUACCCUCCGCAAUCACAGAAGAAGAGGUUAGAAUGAUUUUUGAAACUAAAGGAUAUCAUGUUACGGACUUUAAGUUUAUGAUGAAAGAUAAAAAGAUGGCCUUAAUUCAACUGGAAAACGUUGAUAUGGCUAUCCAAGCCUUGAUUGAGCUUCACAACUGUCAACUAACAGAAAAUUCCCAUUUGCGUAUCAGUUUCAGCAAAACAGCGAUAUAA